CAUUGCAGUUUUCAAAACAUCUAAUUUGAGUUUGAAUUCUUCUGAUCCAUAUUAAUGGUGACGCAUUAUGUGAGGCAUUAUAUUAUGCCAUUGAGACCGAUCCCUAUAUAUUUCAUAUUCUGAAAACUAAAACAUAUUUUUACAACAGUGAGGUCGAACGUAGUUUUUCAUCCAAAAACUAUUAGUGCAACAAUCAACCACAACCCGAUGUCUGGGGAGACCACACACACAACACUUGCGCACAGCACUUGACAAGUACCGAAAAUAAUCUUCUCGUUUCAUCGCUACGUUCCCUGGAGUUAGCCGGCCCAGCGCCACAGCGAGGUGGAUGGCGUUGCACCAAUGACCGCCGGGCCGGCAGGUGCCCUGAUGGGCUCAAAUCCGGCGCUGUCUGUGCAUGGAUAGCAUAAUGCAGUGAGACAACAAGUCCGUGAAAGAGCGGUGAGAACUUGUUGAUUUUGACAACGGGCACACACCGCGAACACGUCGAAGUCUCGUCGGCUUGGCAGGCGCCUACCUUAGGACUGCAGCUGUUGCUCUGGAAAACAGCUGGAAUCACAGCGCCCGCUUUUUGAGGAACUCCAGGGUGCGGGGGGCAAACGCAUGCGUCGAAAUGCCGUGAUGUGGGUAUCACACUGCAAUUCAUACCUCGACGCCGGCUACGAGAUAAACCCAGCGCUUUGAAAAUAUUGAGUCUUUUUUUAUUCGUAUGUUAAGGGAAUCUCACUCGUGACGGUAUGUCAACCACGUGUCUACGUAAUGGGAAGGCAAUCUUUCGUCUCAACGCCCCCCCCUACAUCUAUUUCUAACGCACAGGUCCAGUGCUACGUUGAUGUAUUUUUACCGGACGCACAACUCUUCUGGAGAAGGGUCGUUGGCAAAGCCACAUCACAUGCAUAGAAGAGGAAACAAAGCCGCGAGGACCGCAUAAGGACAACAAACUUAAGUCUGGCAGAAUACUGAUACCCGGAAUUUUGGAAACAGCCGUGCAAUUCAAAAAAUGAAGACGUCAGCAGCUGGAAAUUGAUCUGUCCCCCGAUUUUAAAGAAUACCAACGUGACGCCACUUGAUUUUGGCAAUGUGUUUAGUUGGUACAACCGUAGCGGUCUCUGUAUAGGAUGCAUCCUCCACUGGCUCUCGACGCUGUGCAGAUCCACCCUUUCCACGGAACGACGAACUAAUAUGCAAUGGUUUUCUGCUCUGAAAUCCCUCGCGAUUUACCGUUAUCCCGCUAGUUCUGUGUGUUUGUCGGCCACACACACACAACCGUGCGACAAAUGCGAUUUAAAGAGUAUAUUUUGGUUACUGAUAACCCGGGGAGGCGGUACUAUUGGUAACCUGCCGGAUAAUAACAUAACCUUCAUCAUAAAGUGCAACGAAAUAUUUCUCCACGUGAAGGAAAGCGCAGCGGACCCCGGGUAUCACCAAUUCUUUUCUAUGGUACAAGUGGUAGCCCCGGCCAGGAGAACUGAUCCAAUUGGGCUAUUAUGCAACCGCAAAGAGCUCUUCUCUAUGAGGGUGUCUAGGCUGCUGGAUUGCUCUUCGCCCAAAUCAAUGUGGUUUCUUUGGAACAUUUUCAGCAAAGGAUCGCAUAUGCUGCAGUGUCUUUGUGGCAAGAGUCUUAAGAAAACCAAGAACCCAAGUGAUCCCCAGCUCAAGGGCAUUGUGACCAGGUUAUAUUGCAGGCAGGGGUACUACUUGCAGAUGAGCCCUGAUGGAUGUCUGGAUGGGACCAAAGAUGACAGCACUAAUUCCUCUCUGUUCAACCUCAUCCCAGUGGGCCUCCGAGUCGUCGCCAUCCAGUCGGUGAAGACGGGCCUCUACAUCGCCAUGAACGGGGAGGGACACCUCUACACAUCGGAGCUCUUCACGCCUGAGUGCAAAUUCAAAGAGUCAGUGUUCGAGAACUAUUACGUCAUCUACUCGUCUCUGCUCUACCGGCAGCAGGAGUCCGGUCGGGCCUGGUUCCUGGGACUCAACAAAGAUGGCCAGCCCAUGAAGGGCAACCGGGUCAAGAAGACCAAACCUGCUGCUCACUUCCUGCCUAAACCCAUAGAAGUUGCCAUGUACCGUGAGCCCUCUCUUCACGACGUGGGCGAGGCGGUCCCGAAGGCCGGGGUUCCCCCCAGCAAAAGCACAAACGAGCCAGUGGUGAUGAACGGAGGCAAGCCCGUCAGCAAGCCCGACAAGGAGACAUAACCCAGCCCUCCUCCUCUCCUCUCGCGGAAAAGGGGCCGCUUGCACGGGCCCCGCUCCUCACAAGGACUCUCUCACUCUCUUGCCCGUGAGUCAGUUUCAAGGGCAAAACACCGACACCCCCAAACCCCCCACCCCCCCAAAACAAAAACUCCUCCACGUGUCUCACUUCAAGGCGCUUUGCUGCUAAACGAAUUGAAACAGGGGGGGCACAAGGACUGGGGUAGAACGCAGUA